UGGGUACUGGAGAUACUUAGCAGGGUGACCACUCCAAGCUCUUCUGGGGAUAGGCCCUUGGUGGCCUGCGUUUUUCAUGCAGGGAGGCAGAGGCCCAGAGAAGGUCAGGGACCAGCCCAAGGUCACACCGGGCCUCCGUGUGGGAGCUGGGAACCUGGGUGCCCAGAUUCCCUUCCUUUUAUGCCCUUUUCAAAAGUCACCUACUCUUUGAAGCCUCCCCUGCAUCCAUCACCCUAUCCGGGCCGGAUCUGGCGCCCUCCGGGCCCCCGCAGCCCAUCAGGGUCCUGCCAUCAGAGCCCAGAUCAUGCUGCAUCGCGACCACCAUUGGCGCACCUCCCUCCUUGGGGGCAGAUGCGUCCAGGCACAGAGGUGGCAGCAAUGACUGAAUGAAUGAUGGUUUGCACAUCUGGCCCUCUCCUACAGGCCGGCUCCUCUCCUGCACGCAGCGAUGAGCAGAAACCCCACCGCGAGGCUUUCUGAUCUCCACGACAGCCAGCUCGGACCUGGCAACGGACAGCUGAUUACAGCCAUACUAUCAAUAACAACAAUAAUAAACACAACUACGGCACUGCCGCCACCAAUUACCAAGCCUUACCAAGAACCAGUCUUGUCCGCGCAUUUCCGGGUCUGUGAGCCAUACACGGACCACAAAGGCCGCUAUCACUUUGGCUUCCACUGCCCCCGGCUCUCGGACAACAAAACCUUCAUCCUCUGCUGUCACCAUAACAACACGGUUUUCAAAUACUGCUGCAAUGAGACAGAGUUCCAGGCGGUGAUGCAGGCAAACCUCACGACUGGCUCCGAGGGCUACAUGCACAACAACUACACCGCCUUGUUGGGAGUGUGGAUCUAUGGCUUCUUCGUGUUGAUCCUGCUGGUCCUGGAUCUUUUGUACUACUCGGCAAUGAACUACGACAUUUGCAAGGUUUACCUGGCACGGUGGGGCUUCCAUGGACGGUGGAUGAAACGGGACCCCAGGCGGUGGGGGAACCCUGCCCGGGCACCCCGGCCAGGGCAGCCGGCCCUGCAGUCCCAGCCUCCCCCGGGUCCCCUGCCGCAAGCCCCCCAGGCCGUACACACGCUGCAGAGAGACAGCCACAGCCCACCGCUGAUGAGCUUCCAGGGUUCGUCUGCCUGAACUCUUCAGCCUUGUGGCCUCUUUCUCCCCUCCUCCCAUCCCAGCUCUGUAUUAGGUGGAUGAUCCUGGCUUUCCAGCUCCUGGAGGCUUCUCCAUUCCUGGCCCAGGGCCCAGCUUCUUCCCUGGGGAGAAGGACCAGAGUUCUUCCUCUUGGAAGAGGGGCCGGGGAGGAAGAGGGCUGCAAAUGCACACUCAGCCCCUUGGUUCCUGGGGUCCCCAUCACGAGGUGCAUUCCUCUUCUGGGGUCUCCACAUGCCUGUUUGGAGCCCUUAUUUGGGGAUGGGGAACUCUGGAGCCAAGAUCCAGCCCUGAACGACUCCAGGGGAGACUGAGGCAGGAGGCUCAUCAUAGGCACCCCGGAGGGGAGACCCAAGGAUGCUGCAUCUGCCCGGUCCAGCGGCUGGGAGCAGGUACUAGACCUGGAUGCCUGGCAGUGGACUGGGCUGACCUCGGCACCCCCAGCUGAGUCCUGCGAGGGGCCAGGCACCUAGCAGGGCUCGGCGAACACUCAGAAACCCACGAAGGAGGCUGUGGGCGCCGCUCCCUGCACCCUCCUCCAGGCAGCCGGCAUUGAUCUACUCAGUGUCAGGCGCUCAGGGCACAGAGACACAGAAAGAAACAAGACCGGAGGGCAGAAAAAGGCAGUAGCCGCUGCUCAGGGCCAACCAUGUGCCGGGCACCCGUCACGGGCUCCGUCGGCCAGGUUGGCACCAGGCAACCGUAACGCCAUCAGCCUUCUUAAGGGGAUAUUUUUAGCAUUAUCGUCACUGUCGGCAUUAUCAGAAGCAGCACGUGUGUUUGGGCCGGAGUCAGAUGGCUCAGGUUCAAGGCCCACCUGUGCCACUCGGAGGCUCUGCGACCUUGGGCAGCCCGUUCCACCGGCCCCUGCCUCAGUUUCCCCAUGUAAAUACCAGGGGUCAUAAUCAUCCUGAGAAUUAAAUGGGCUGAUCCUUGUACAGGCCUGGUACCUGGUCCUCAAGUGCCGGCGAUUCUUGAGAUCAUUUCACAUUUGGGUAAAUAAACGUGGUAGGGGUCCUGCCCUGCCAGGGUUGAUGGGGGGGGCGGGAACAGCAUUCACCCCGUGCCCCACACAGGCCAGCCACAUGCCGCUUGUUUCGUAGGGCUGUUGAGCCCCAUCUUCAGAUGUGGAAACUGGGGGGCUCGGAGGAGUUCAUUGACUUGCCCAGGUGAGCCAGCGAAGGGGAGAGGGAUGCAGGGUCCCACCCCAGGGCCGAUGGCCUCUCUGCUGAGGCUCGCAGAGCCCCUGGAGAGGUGGCCUCGUCCACGGGAGGGGGAAGGAACCUCUUCGUCAGAAGCUUCUCCGGUGACCAAGCUGCCCCUUAAAGAGCAGUAUCGGAGGUCGUGCAUCAGGGGCGCUGCAUCUCAGAGCAGUGCCUGCCUCCGUGGUCCCCGCAGACCCACAUUCCAUCCACCCCCAUCACCGGAAACGCCAUUUCCUUGCUGCCUGGCAGGGCCAGGCCCAAACUGCGUGGCCACUCGGGAUGGCACUGUGGUGCCGCCGCCUCGGAGCCCACGGUCACUGAGUUAUGGACCCGGCCUGGACCCGGGGGCGGGGAGGUGCGGUCCGAGGGGAUGAAGAGCAGCCGCUUUCAGUUAAUUUCACGGAGAAGCUGGCUUUCCCUUCGUUUAGAACAGAAUGACCUCGGACUGCAAAGUUUUCUGCUAAAAUCCCGUGGACUCAGUCUCCCCUGGUGCCCACACCUCCGUGGCUCAUUGCCUCCCGGAAAGUGGCGACAAGGUGCCCUGCUUUUUUGCGCAUAAUGUCUCCCUUGCUCACUUGACACGCUCUGGUUUUCUCCCGAGUUUAGGGAACGUUUCACCUCGGCCCUCGUCGCACCCCUGCCGGCUCCCAGGCGGCAGGAGGGCAAUUCUGGGUUAUGCUCCGCCCUCCCCUGCCUCUCCCUCCUCCUGACUUUCUUUUUGCCCCAAGCUCCGGGUCUAUUUCCUGGUGAAUCACAUCUCUAUUAUCGUGCUACAGAUCCCCCCCGCCGGGCUGGAACCUACGCCCACUGCAGGCAUCUUGUCUCUGGUGUUCAGGGCACAUAGUAGGUGCUCAGCGAAUGCCAUCUGAUUGACGCAACAGCAACAGAGCUGGAGUCAGCCCUGCCACGUCACCCUAACCCUCAGGCUGCGUGCUUUAUUGCUAGAGCCCCCCUAGGGGUGCAGUGGAGCUAAAGGAGAAAAGGGAGGCGGCCUGGGGUGCUGCAGGUACCACCCAGGGUCCUCACUGCAGCUUCAGGGAGAGGGGUCCCCGAGGCACGGUGUCACCCCUGCUGCCUCGACGCUUGUGUGUGUCAUUGUCACUGCUACGGGCCCAGGGGAGCAAGCAGGGCCUCCAGGUCAGACACAUCUGGCUUUGAAUCCCGGCUUGACUCCUCAAGACCGGCCCGAGCCUCAGUUUCCUCAUCUGUAAAAUGGGGACAAUCACAGCCUCACCUCACAGGGACGUCUCAGGACCAGAUGAGGUUCUGGCUGCCCUCUCAGGACCCCAGCCCGCCGUUGCCCCUGCCUCACUCCCUCUGGUUUGUCCCACCUCCCCAUCUCCCGAGAGGGUUUCAGCUCCUAACCUGGCCCCCAAGGCCCUCCCCAGCCUAUCUCGCUCUCUCUGAAGCCUCAGGCUGCUGCUCACCCUGCUCCAAGACGCACGGGAGCAAGUCGGGCGCUGGAACCAUGGUUACACUUACAGUUUAGACUCCCUCCCCGCCCCCCCUCACCAAUCAUUAUUUCCCUUGGUCCUUGUAAUUCCCACCCUGGGAACUGAGCUGCACAGCUCUACCAUCCCCUUUUACAGAUGAGCAAACACAGGCCCAGAGAGCCUAAGUCACUGGCCCACGGCCACACAGUAAGUCCACGGACUUAAGCCAGGGUCUCCCUAGUCCAAAGUCUCUCGGAACUAAGUACGACCCUGAGCCGACUGCCACAGCCCCUGCCAACCUCAGAGCCUCACACCCCACAGCAAGAUAGGACUACAGGGGCUUCUAUCUUCCCCACGGAGGAAAGCUGUGCAGUCUUCCCCUCAUCCCUGCCUCACACCUUCCGUUCGAGGCCUGGUUCCCCUCCAGCUCUUGCUGAUUCACACCUCCCUGCUUAUGCACACAAUUCUCUUCCCAGAAUGCUCUUCUUCCACAUCUCCCUGAGGAACUCCUAUUCAUCCUUCAAAACCUUCCCUGAGGUCAGGGUCCCUGGUCAGGCCUCGGGGGCUGGGUGGGGAGCGAGAGAUGGGGUGGUGACUGGAGGAGAGACAGGAGGCUGCCCAGCCCCCAAGCCUUCCCAAGGGAAAAUUCCUGACUGGGCCUGGGAAGGGGGCUGUUUGUGUAUCUCAAGCUUUAAUGGGUAUUCAAUCCCCCAGGGUCCUGUUAAACUUGCAAAUUCUGAUGUGCAUGGUCUGGGGUGGGCCUGGGAUUCUGCAUCUGUAGACAAGGUCCUGGGAGAUGCUGGUGCUGCCAGUCUCGGGGACCAGCCCUUGACUAGAGGACAGAGCUGUGGCCGAUAGAGCUGGGAGCUUCUCUGUAGGGCAGGCUGCUUGACUUCAGGGCCCAGUUUGGCAGAGGAGCCCUGGAGGGAGGCCUGCGGGGGCUGGCUCUGGAGUCCACGGGGGCUGCUGAAUUACCUGGCCCCCUGGGCAGGAGAGGAGCAGCUCCCCCUGCUCCACCUGGCCAGCCAAGAAAGCCUCCAGCCAGGGAGGGGCUUGUUUGCAAGGAAGUGUCCCAUCACUUGAGAGAACAGCCACAGUAACAUGAAGUGCCCAGAGGACCCAGAAGAGCCCACGAUGAGCAGCUGGGGAGGGAGGAGUCAGGGCAAGCUUCCUGGAAGAGGAGGCGAUGUUGCGCCAGACCUGAGGGGGUAAGGGGAGGUCACCUGGUUGGCACACAAUGGAAAAGUCACCUCGGACAGAGGGAGCAGCUUGAAAAAGGGCCCCGGUGACCCUUGAAAUCACGUGACUUUUGCAGAUUUCGUGUGGGAGAACCAGAGAUUCUUUCCUGAUGUUCGUUCGGGGGCUCCCCUCUCAGCCCAUCACCCUCCCACCUCCUCCCUCCCCCACCUAGAACCCUCCCAGCUCAUUGCAGAACUCAUCCGUGCCUCCCCGUGGGGUCCCUGGAGCUCACCCAACCCCAGAGUCUCCCCGCUGGCAGAGCCCAGGCGUCACUUUUUUGCUGGCUCUGCGGCCAGAGUUUCUGGUGUGUGGUUUCUGCAGGGACACCAGCCAACAGCGAGAAAUUCCAGAAAAUUAGGAGACAAAGGGAGAGGACCAGGUAUCUUCUUUCCUUGGCAUCACAUCAAAUACCAAGGAGGCCUCUGUGAUCGAAAUUCAGAAAACAGUGAAUGUCCCAAGUGGGGCUGGAGUUUCAAGUGCUUGGGGCUUCCAGCUUCCAGCUGGGACACUCUGGCCCUGUCCCCUCCGACCCCUGUCCUUCCCGGCUGGGCCCUGGCUUCCUCCCACCCGGCCUAGUUGAUACAGGAAGGCACCCUCUGCUAGCUCUCCAUGUUUUCAUCUUGUUCACGCGGCUUUGGUGAAAACCCGGGAGAGUGUUUGUUCAUUAGUGCUUCUCCACGACCAGGGGAUACCAUGAGGGAUGAGGGGUGACAGAAAGUCCAGACCAGAGGCCUCACGUGCUGUGUGUCCUCAGAUGAGCCGCUGGCCCUCUCUGAGUCUCAGUACCUACUCUGGACAACGGUGAUGAGAGGUAAAGGAGGGCACACGGAAAGGCCCAGCCCAGGGCUGAGCACACAGUAGGGCUGCAGGGGGCGUUGAUCCUAUCCCUGGGGCACGUCCCCUCUCCCCUCACCAGCUGGCCUGUCCCUCCUUACCCCAGAGAGGGCAGAGAGCCAGAC